AUGGGGGGAGUCGCUUUUUUCGCUGUGCCCACACCUCUGUUGGCCGCGGCAUCCCUUGUGCUCGGUAUAGCAAUAGGUGCCACGGCUGCCCUUACGUACAUCAAAAAGACCAACAGGAGGGAGUUCUCACCGCGGCGCCGGUCUUUACGGCAUGCGGGGUUCGCAUCCUCUUUUUCCAAUGAUGAUGGGAAGGAUGGCGCCGCGUCAUCCAGUAAAAGGCAUUUGCAGCAGGAGGAAAUUAUUGGCGGGCAGAAGCGGCGAGUUUCACGGCGCUUGAAUUCAGGGGUCGAUGUACAUCCCGGUUUGUUUUCGAUGAAGUCGUAUGCAGCACAGAGGAUAGGUCAAAACUCUCGCAGCAGUUCCAUUAGUUUAAUUCUGAAGUCAUGCUUAGGCGCGGAAAGUCUGGGCACUGAGUCGCAGGAGGAUCGAGAUGACGGUGACGCGGAGGAGGGGAAAGAGGAAAAAAACUCCGAAUUUCCCAUUUCCGCGGUCGGGUCGGAGGAGGAAGGCACGAGAGCGUUUCUACCGAGUACUAAGGGCUCUGGGGAGAAGAAGGGAGGAAAUGCACAAAAUGUGUUUUUUACCUCAGGCGAAGCGGAAUUUAGCAGUCUCAGCACAUUGGAGGGCCUUUUCUCUGAGGACGACGCGUCAUCGCAGGACAAAAACGAGGAAGAAGGGCAGCAGGACGAACAGCACAGUAAUAAUCCCAAACAAAAUGAAGAUGCAUACACGACGAAGCAGGGGGAGACCGCAACAGGGUUUCUUGGACGUUCAGGUCGAUCUUACUCGGUGAACUGUAUUUUGGAUAGGGCAGCCUUCAGCGGUCUGGAUUUUCCCGGUGGAAGUAAGCGGCUUGGCGCAUCACAGAAUGACGCCGUUUUCUCUAAACGCCAUUUUUAUCAUACCCACAGCGGCGCGAUCAUCACACGACUGCCCUCUGUGGCAGCGGUUCGAUGUCGUUCAAUAUUGCAGCUUCUGCAUCCACCAUCUUCAACCCACAAGGAUGAAAGUACCGAGGAGGAUGGCAACCUGUCGCAGUUGACACAGUCCAUUCGCUCCACCAGGAGCCUUAUGGAUGAUCCCAUCUAUCGUGUAGUUAUCACUGGCGGGCCAUGCAGCGGGAAGACAUCAUGUUUAUCAUACCUUCG